GUCAGGAACAUUCACUGACGGAUCACAAUAUUGUAGUUGGCUGCCAAUGUCAUUCACGUUGUUAUAAAAUAAAGGAGUCCAGGAUGUUCUCAGUAAAAUGCUUAUAAAAUCAUAUCAUUAGUGUAAGAAUGGCAGAUCAGGAGCCUGGCAGUAACAAUCAGGGGGUAAAACUUUUAGGGAUCCUGGAUGUUGGGAAAACUCCUUGUGCAAGAGAAGCUAUUCUUCAUGGUGCAGGAGGAUCAGCCGUUGCAGGAUUAGUGCACUUUUUGGCAACUAGCAGAGUGAAGCGCUCGUUCCAUGCUGGCAUGGCUGGGUUCAUGCUCACAACACUGGCUUCAUGGUUCUACUGUCGGUAUGACAAUGCAAGACUGCGGGUACAGCAGAGGAUUAUUCAGGAGGGAAUUAAGAACAAAGUUAUUUAUGAGGGGACGAGUCGUGAUCCUACCCGACAAGCAAAAGAUCAGUGAAGUCCCGAUAUUUACUCCUAUGACUUUUUACAUUCACUAUCAGCUAAAGGGUUUCUUCAGUUGCACGUCUGUUUUUAUGUUCAAGUCAAUAUUUGACUAAUGUGAAAAAUAUAAUAAGUCAAACACAA